GAAGGACCAAGCCGAAUAUCGGAAGCAGAUGGCAGUGUGUGAUAAUUCUCUACAAAAAGACUUCUACUUCAAUCCACCUCCUCUAACCAAGGUUGUUGGAUGGGGCAUUACAUUGGCGUACUGGCACUGGUCUGGAUUACUGGAUUUAAUUAAGGAUGACUUAUCGAGCAAGUUGCAGGCAUGGAGCAAUAAAGAGAUGGCUGGUAUCACAGUGAUGCCACAUCUCUUAUUGCUCUACUCACAGAGCUGUCGAUCAUCAGAAGAGACUAAUAGGCAAAUGACAAAGCUGUUGGGGUCGGACACUGAAAAGAAUAAGACUGUUCUCAUAACAAGGAAGAACAUGUGCGGUGUACGGGAGAAACCGUAUGUUGUUUCUCUUAAUAAACGUAGGGGUGGUGGCAAAGACUACUACAUUCCUUGUGACUAUCCCACCUGUUUGAAAGGGUUACAGCUUACAGACACCGAUCAUGAGCAGAGAAACAAUGAGCUGUAUUGGUUUCAUAUCACGCUGCAGCAAAUCCUAUCCAAGAGGUUUUCCGAAAUGAAAUGUCCCUUCGUACUAGUUCCAUUUGAUGACAAAAAACCAAAUGCUGUAGAUGCUACAGUGAAGCAAAUGACUAAGCUAUGGCGAGAAGACAAAAUACAUGGAUUUCAACUGGAGGAUGAAAAACCGGAGUGGCUGAAAGUGUCCGCUUCACUGCUUGGUAAAAGUUUAAAAUUGGAAUUUCAAAGUUGGAUGCCUAUAGGCAUUUUGCUUGCGCAGCGAUGGGCAGACCUGUAUUUCAAAAAUUAUGGCCUAGAGUUGAAGAAAAUUGUCACAAACUUCCAAAGCACGCGGCACGAGGUUCAGGUAGACGAUGAUGAUGACGAUGAUGAUGAUGAUAGUGGUCACGAUAUUCAUGAAACUAGUGACUCUGAGAGGGUUCACCAAGGCGAUGGUGAUACAGAAAUUGACGCUAGUAAAAUGGACUGGCAGGCAAGCAGCACCGAUUCUUUUCCAGUAAGAAAACUCCUAGUGCUGUUGCCCAGGACGUGCAAAACGUUCGAUUGUGUAUCUGACGAUGAGAAAUCAGUUGUAGCUGAGAAAGACAUGGAUCACUUUCCUGAUAGCACAAAAGGCAUAGGUCAACGGCUAGUAGGGAAAAGCACAGUUUACAAGCUAGAAAGUGCAUUUUUCCUGGCAGAGUACGCAACCCCACUGCGUUGCCUGCGCCUCAUGAUGGAGGAUGGUAUAAUAACAAAGCAGUUAAUGGAUGAUUUCUAUUGCCAGUUUUGUAGCCACUUAGAAUUAUGGUUGGAAAGAUACACAUCAUUUAAAGAGAGUUUCAGCCUUGUGCAGUAUGAUGAUAGAGAUAGUAACCAAGCACUGCUGUAUGCUUUAAGGGUGCAUCUAACGCAUCAUCAACAAUAGUUCCUUAUUACAGGGAUAUGUUGAUGGUCUUCAAUCGUAUUACUGACCUGAGGGCUAUUAUAUCGCAGUAGUGUCGCUGGUAUUCAGCAAUAUUGAUAUCUCAUAAAUAUCUCUAGAAGUACAUUGAAGUGCCUUCCGUUAAUAAUUUGAAUAUUGGAUAAGCAAAUAGGUACAAUGCAAGUAUAUAUAAAUCGUAUAUAUAAUCAAACGUGAAUUUCGGUGGUUGAUUGCUGUAUUUAAAUUGUACGGUAGAUGGACCUUAAUUUUAACAUGAUUACGUAUUUUUUUACGCGUAUGAUUUUAUGUUUGCUACAUUUGAAACAUAAAAAGUCUACAUAAAACAUCAAUGUCAUGGGUAAAAUGUGUGCUAGUCAAAUGCGCAUUUCUUUAUUUUCUAGCAGUUUGAAAUGACUAUCGAAGUGAGUGUAAAACGUUCUAUCUAUUAAUAAGUGAAGCUCAUGACUUCAUGACCUUCAACAGGAAGUAGUACUAUGAUUUAUUUACUGUUUCAGAAAAUAAACGUAGUUCACUGUAAAAAUUAUUACGAUUAAAAAGACAAAUCUUUGUAAAAGAUUUGGUAAAAUUAUACAAUAAUUUGUAGACCCCCUAUCAGCUGGUUAAAAAGCCAAAGUAUUAGAGCUUGGUCGAAUUUCUAUUGAUUAGUUGCAAUGUAUACUAAGGGUUCAUUGAAGCUAUAACAAAACCAACCAAUAACAAACAAAAUUGUUUGCUUUUCUUGGAUUGUUAUCAAUGUAUUGUGAUUUGAUUAUUGAUGUAUUUGGAUAUAUCAUGUAAGCAUAAGAACUAUGGGGCCGUUAUUAGAAAGAUUGUUAAUAGUUAUGACGUUAUAAGUGUAAAAUGUCACGACUUUUGUGUAACUUCACUUCAAAAGUUAUAGUAUUUUAUACGCAUGAUUUCAUAACUUCUUGAUCUUUCUUACACCGGCCGCAUGGUCAAUAUGUACGUGUCGUAACCUUUUAUCAGUGCCUGUAUUUUUAUCACUAUGGUGGCUGUAUGUCAUACCUGAUGACAAUGCUUCUAUUUAAAUGAGACCAUUAUACAUUCGAUUACCUAUACACAUGAUUUUUAAGCGUUUAUUCUAUAAAAGGGUGGAGGUUUCACGUGUUCAAAAGAAUCACGUUGAAAACAUUUGUACUGGAGUAGUAGUGUGGCUACAUUUUAUGUAAGAGAAUAUUUUAAUAAUGUUUGGUAUAUAUGAAGCAAAAACGGUCACGUUCACAAUGUUUGAAUAUGCGUCGUUUCUGUUAAGUUUCGAUUGUUAAAAUGUCAAUUUUUUAUGAGAAAUAUUAUAGGUACUACGGGCUUUGACCUGAUGGGACGUACGUACCAUGGUAGCAGGAGUGAAUAAUAGAGAUCUAGAUAUCUCUAGAGAUUUAGAAUAAUAGAGAUCUCUAUUAUUCACUCUUGAUGGUAGUAAUAGCGAACCGUGCCAUUGUGUUACGCACUGCUGCUACCUGCAGACUAUACUAUAUUAUAUAGACGGAUAUAUAUGCGACCUAUAUAGACGGAUGCAAUUAAUGUGCCAAUAUGCUUUAAGCGCUGCUGUGGACAACUACAUGGUUAUUAUUACUUGUUAAUGUAGACGUUUACCGAAUAAAACUAAUCAUGCUCGACUGUUAUUCAUUUAUCUUAAUAAACGAGUAUAUAUCACAGUUAAACAAAUAGAA